AUGUCCAGUAAUCGGCGUAUGCAUUCCAAUACUAUUUCUGGCGAGCGACCGCCAGUCAUUGAUACUUCAUUACGACCCACCAAUCUGCGGCGAAACUCCGAUGGUUCGCCGGGAUUACCGCCUCCUAUCGAAAUCUCAGCACCGACCCCCAUCACACCAUUCUCGGGCAACUCGGUGGGUAUCCUGUCGCUCGACCAUUUUCCUGAUCGUGAUCAAACACAAAGUGAAGGCGCCGUGAGUAACGACAAGACCGGUAUUCCUCCUGCUCGGAUCCAGUCGCCUUUGCACACUCCCGAGGCGGCUCCAGAAACGCUACCGACGCUCACACUGACUCCCAAGCCAGCCGUUCCUUCAUCUCGGUCUCGAGGUUCGAGUACGUCGACGCAACACACUAUCGAUGCUGGUUCUCAGUUGGAGAAAUCAGACAGUCAGCAAUUGAGUGUGCAACGCCGUCCUCCGGGUCAUCGUGGUUCCGAUGCCACGGAAGAUCAAGGCAAUGUAUCGGAUGGUGGACUUUCCACAACCGCUGGCAGCGUUGCCGGUGCAUGCGGUCUCGAUGUAGCCAACGUCAAACGCAACAGCGAUUUUCAUGCUCUUUUCCGAAGUGUACCAGAAGAUGAAAUGUUAAUUGAAGAUUUUGGUUGCGCAUUACAAAAGGACAUUUUAUUGCAAGGCCGAUUAUAUAUUUCUGAGAACCACUUGUGCUUCAAUGCCAAUAUUUUUGGCUGGGUUACCAAUCUUGUCAUUGCUUUCACCGAUAUUGUGGACAUUGAAAAACGUACCACGGCCAUUUUCAUUCCCAAUGCAAUUCAAGUUUCCACACUUCACGCUAAACACUUUUUUGCCUCUUUCCUUUCCCGAGACCAAGCCUACGAUUUGAUGGUGGAUGUUUGGCGCUAUGUCCGGCCCAUUGGUCAUCGCCAUCACAGACACGAUGCUAGUGUAGCCGACGAUGACCAGAACAGUGAAGCAUCCGAUUCCAGUGAUACCAGCGACGGUUCGUUUACCGAUGAUUCAGAUAUGACCGAUAUUUCUGGGGAUGAGGAAGACCUUGACAAAACGGCGACGCAUGAACGACAGCCAUCUCUUACGUCGCUACCCCUUCCGGAGCAUGGCAAGACGGCUUCCGCAGAGGCCUUGAGAAGACGCGCACAAUCCGAAGCUGUGCGACCGAAUGCUGCGGUAUUGGAACAUGCGACAAAGACGGCCGCCCCGCCACCCACGCCUGCAAAAACGGCCCAAGAUCCCGCCAAGCCCAUCGAACAAGUUCAUGAAAAGACAGAAUGUGGCUGCUCCAAAAAUGGUGGUCACUUCCCCAACCAAGUCAUGGAUGAAACGUAUCAAGGAAGCUUGGAAAUCAUGUAUAAUCUGUUGUAUAACAGUGAUUUUACUCACAAAUUCUUGACGGAAGAUGAAAAGUGUCUUGAGGUGGAUAUGGGUAACUGGCAAAAAGGAGAAGGAACAGUACAAUAUACGCGCGAGUCCUCCUAUAUCAAGCCUCUCAAUGGCUCUAUUGGUCCGAAACAGACCAAAUGUCUGUUGAAAGAUGAAGUGUUGGAAUACGAUUUGCAAAAAUGCAUCUCAUUGAUCACCACAACGCAGACGCCUGAUGUCCCUUCCGGCAGUUCCUUUAGCGUGAAAACUCGUGUUUGCUUCACUUGGGCUGGCAAAAGCAAAGUGCGAAUGGUGGUGACUGUUUUGGUCGAUUUUACAAAGUCAUCCUGGUUAAAAUCCACGAUUGAAAAAGCAUCGAUUGAUGGACAACAGACUCACUACAAAAAUCUGAAUGCCGCCAUUCGUAAAUAUAUCACUGCGCAUCCGGGCGAGUUUGGUGUCGUCGUGCAUAAAUCUCGAGCAGAAAAGCACAGAGUUAAGCGAAAGCGUCGUCACCGCAAGGAAGAAAAGGUGGAAGCCGAGAAGCCCAAAGAAGUGGAACCGCCAAAGUCUGCUUUGCAACGUACCGUGGGAUGUGUUGCCACUAUAGCGGGCAACGGCCUUGGCUGGUGCAUUGAACAUGCCGCGAUUCCAUCCACCGCCCAAUUAUCGGCACUUUGCCUUGUCCUUAUGGUGAUUGCCAAUAUUUUCAUUGCGGUGAAAAUGGCCGAUGUGGAACAUCAAUUGGAACAAUGGAGUGCCAAAACGGUGGCCCCUGCGGAUGGAUGGGCAGCGUUGGCAAACGCACUACAACGUGAACCGAUAAGAAGCGAAGAAAAGGAACUGUGGGAUUGGUUGAGCCAACUCGAUCCGGAAGCGAAAACCGCGCUCAUGAACCAACCGACUUUAUCCCCCGAACCUUUGCUGUCUAACGAUGCCUCCAAAAGUAAAAGAAAACUGGAUGAUCACAUGGAAGAACUAGCCAAAAUGAUCGAACGCGCUCAACAGAAUAUUGACCAAGUCAACCACGCCGUAAGCCAACAACGAGAAAAGAUGAACGCAGACCUGUAG